AUGCCUUCUCCGUGGACUCUAGUGUCGUCGCUGUUGCUAGUAAGCAGCACGGUGGGCGCAACGGCAGCCAACCAUUUCGCUUCCCACGGGGCCAAGAUUGCGCCUAAAGUCUUCAUUGUUUCCAUGUUCGAGCCGGAAGCCAACGCCUGGUGGAAUAUCCCGGAGUUCGACUUGCUCGCCCAUAACAUCACCAUUCCGGGUCUGUCCCCCAUCUACCCCGAUGUGCAUUGUACCGCAGACUACGAGAUCUGCCAAUUGAUCACGGGGGAAUCGGAGAUUAAUGCUGCCACCACGGUUGCCACCGUGGCCUUCUCGCCCUUAUUCAACCUCACCCAGACCUAUUUCUUCGUGGCCGGCAUCGCGGGGGUGAACCCCAAGCGGACCACGACAGGCUCCGCGACCUUUGCCCGAUAUGCGGUCCAGGUUGCUCUGCAGUACGAGAUUGAUAUUCGCGAGCUACCCCACAACUAUUCCACAGGCUACAUCCCCCUGGGUUCGGACUACCCCAAUCAGUAUCCGAGCAGCAUCUAUGGCACGGAGGUCUUCGAGGUCAACUCUGAUCUCCGGACCAUUGCCGCGAACUUCGCACGCAAGGCCAACCUAUCGGACUCUGCAACUGCUAAGGCCUACCGUGCCCAUUACCGCACCGUUGCCGGCGAGUAUAAGGCGGCCACCUUGCCCCCGAGUGUGGUUGAGUGCGACGUGGCUACCUCGGAUGUCUACUAUAGUGGGAAUAUUCUGGGCAACGCCUUUGAAAACACCACCAAGCUGUUCACGAACGGGACAGGUGACUACUGCUCGAGCGCCCAAGAGGAUAACGCCACUCUUGAGGCUCUGCUGCGUUCCUCGCUCCACAGCUUAACCGACUUUUCCCGCAUCAUCGUGAUGCGCACUGCAUCGGACUUCGACCGACCCUACCCGGGGGCUCCAGCCACUUACAACCUGCUUUACGCAGACCAGGGAGGAUUUGAGCCGGCCUUGGAAAACAUCUACCGCGCCGGUAUUAAGGUGGUGGAGGGGAUUCUCCGUGGCUGGGAUGCAACUUUUGCGGCUGGUGUGCAGCCCAGCAACUACAUCGGUGACAUCUUCGGGACUUUGGGUGGUCAGCCUGAUUUCGGCCCAGGCGUUGCGCAGGCCCUUGAAGACAGCGGUGCGUUCAAGAAACGGAGCAUGCCCACUCGUUUGAGACGCCGCGGAUAA